GCAUAGAAUAUAAUCAUAUCUCAUUAAAGGUUACCAGACGAACAUAAAUCAAAAUACUCAAGACAAAACAUCAAACCCAAACACUGAUCCUAGUACGUCGCGUUCAUCCGCAUCGCAAUAUAAUCACUGCUCGUAAUCCCCUCGUACAUCUUUGGCCGGUCGGGUCCAUGACAAUUCGGGAGACACUCAAUGACCCGGUCCCGGUCCGGGCUGAUGAAGUACGGGAUCGAGUACCGUGGCUUCGUCAUUCUCCCUGUACUCCCACCCUCCCCGUUGUUAGCUUCAACAAGAGGCGGCGCACGCACGCGAUGCAUGGUUGAUUUCAGCUCGUGGUUACUCCAGCGCAUCAAUAGAUCUCCGAUAUUCACGACUGCUGUCCCGGGGAUAUAUGGGGCUGGGUUGAAUUUGCCCUUUUCGUGGAUAUCCUCUACCUCGAGGCCACCGACCUCGUCCUGGAAGAGGAUGGUCAUUGUCCCGAAGUCUGUAUGUGCGGCGAUUCGCUCUGCCUUGCCGAGCCUAAGGAGCUCCUCUUCGACAGCCGGGUAGUGUAGCAGACGACAUUGGUUCGUGCGGUCUUGGUGGUAAUCCAGGAAGAAGUGUUCGUCGAGACCCAUUCCCAGCGCGAUGAGGCGGAGCAUCAGCGUCUCGAGAUCGGAGCAGGUAUCGAAGAAUUUGGCAAAGAAGCCCCGGAAGCCUGGGAGGACUUCUUCGGGUAUCCAGAUGUUGAGCAUGUGCUUGUCGGACUCGUUGCCGAUCUCGAAUGACUCCUUGACGUCGGGGAUCUUGCGGCAGUCGGCAAUUCCGUCUCCGUCGAAGACCAUUUGUACGACUUUUUCGCGGCCGACGCCACUGUACCCGCGGUGGUACCAGCCCUCUGGAGGGUGGGGAGCUUUAUCUUUGUCGGCUUGGGGGAGGGCGAAGAAUUGUGCGCUCUAAUGCGAACCGCUCGAGUUAGCUGGGGAAGGGAAUUCUGGGGAAAGCAAACAUACCCAUCCAAAAGCCUCAUCUACCAGCUCCUGGGGCACCCCGUGGUUUUUGAUGUAUGCGAAUCCGACAUAUUUAAAGGCCUGGUAGACCUCGUGCGCGACCUUUGCAAUUGCCUCCGGGCCUCCAUUGCGCGCAGGCUCCAGGUCGAUGAUGGGAAUACUCGAUGUCUCUGCGAGGGCGACCAUAUUGUUUACUCCGUCGUUCAACAGUGUCGUUGAGCUUAUCGAGAUAGCUCGUGAGGGUCUUUAAGUGGGCUAGGCGUUACUCCAAUUCUCGGUUACGUUGACACAUCGCGUGGUGUUUACCUCGCCCCAGAAAUGACGGCUUGAUAUGCGCUCGGCGUGUCAUUGGCUUGACAUCGCACUAGUGUGGAGUAAAGUGAGGGGAUACAACCGGAUCAGCGUCGGUCAAGAAGCGAGCGCAGUUGGCCUAUCGCUGAUCGGAUAACUCGGCGACCGACUCGCCUAUCUACCCCGCUAUCGUAAGCAGUUGGAGAUCUUGUCAAGGCGCUCGGAGACAUCCAACCUCCAAUAUUGAUGUUUGCCUCCGAUAUCAUCCAGGAACUGCAUGCAGCAAUUGGUCGAUAUCGCUCCAGGCCAAUAGCUCAUGUGGAGGUCGUCCCAUGGAGAUCAUGUUGUGCUACUGUGACCACCUACCGUCAUACAGUGAUAUCUGCAGAAGCUGCAGUUCCUCGCACCUCUGCUUCCUCUUUCGGGUUAGCCCAGUCACUCCGAGGUCGCUCGGAUAUUUAAUGAACCAGACCUUUCAACCUUGCAUUAUUCCCCUAAAGCGUCGUCAUCAUUCCCCUCCGCUGGAGCUCAUAAAUCCUGCCGAUCUUUCCCAACACACAGACCGUACGAUGCAGAUUAAGAGCCGACCGUGAGGGUAGGUCAUCCAGCAGAACAUCAGAAUCAAGAUGGGCAGUCUCGAGGAGCACAAUUAUCGCAUCGGGGUCGAUGUGGGUGGCACCAACACCGACGCGGUGCUGAUCGCACUCGAUUCCAUGACCAUCAUCGCAUCGCAUAAAUCGCCUACAACGCCCGACGUCACGACAGGUAUCACGAACGCUGUCCGGACGGUUAUCGAUGCGGCGAACGUUUCCCUCUCCUCCAUCGGCUGCGUCAUCAUCGGGACGACACACUUUGUCAACGCUGUCGUACAGCGAUCCCCGUCACUUCGGCGUGUUGCUGUCAUCCGACUGUGCGGCGGCCCGGAUGACGGGUUUGGACGCGGUAUUCCACCGUUCAUCGAUUUUCCUUCCGACUUGCGAUCUUGCAUCGAAUCCGACCGACAAUACUUUUGCCACGGGGGGUAUCAAAUCUCCGGUGAGGAAAUCAGUUCCGUGGACAAGGAUGAGAUCCGACGUGUUGCCGCUGAGCUAGUCGCCGACGGUAUCGAGAAUGUUGUCAUCUCGGGCAUGUACGCACCUCUCAACCACGCGCAGGAGAUCGUUGUUCGCGAUAUUCUACUGGAAGAAAUGCUACCUCACAAAACACCCGGGUUCAAGCCGCGGGUUACACUCUCCAACGAAGUCUCGGGGUUGGGCUUCCUGGCUCGGGAGAAUGCUGCCAUCCUCAACGCGACGCUUCGCCCACUUGCUGAGAAGACGAUUUACGGCUUUCGCAAAGCGAUGUACGACAUUUUCAAGGGCAGUCCUUGUACGCUGUAUCUCACACAGAACGACGGCAGUGUCCUUGGCGCCGAAGAAGCAGUCGACCGACCCAUACGCACUUUCAACUCGGGUCCCACCAAUUCCAUCCGCGGUGGAGAGUUCCUUUGGAGAGCCGCCGCGAAGGCGAGUGGCGAGGGGCAACAAGCUCGGACGGAGCCGCUAGUCGUUAUUGACAUUGGCGGAACAACAUCGGAUAGUGGACUUUUGCUGCCCAAUGGUCUUCCGCAAAUGAGCUCUAUCACCGGUCUCGUUGGAGGUGUCCGCACGAAUUUUGCCCUUCCCGCAGUUGAAAGUAUCGGGUUAGGAGGCGGCAGCAUCAUUCGGGAGACUGGAUCCGGUGAGCUUACCGUUGGCCCGGAUAGCGUUGCGUUGGAACUUCUGCAGAAGGCGAAGCUGUUCGGAGGAGCAUACUUAACAUCAACCGAUAUCGUUGCUGCAUCCGCUAUCCACACACCUACGGAGCCUAAUCCCUUCCGCGGUAUGGGCGACCCAGGACAUCUAUCAGACGUCACACCGGAGAAAGUGUCUCGAGCACGCAAGGUCAUGCGACGGAUGAUCGCGGAGCUGGUGGACCGAACCAAAACACAAAAGGGAGAUGUGGACGUUUUGAUCGUCGGUGGCGGCGCUCCCAUUAUUAGGACGGAUGAGCCACUGGCCGGGGUCCGAAACUUGAGGACGGUCAAGGGAGCAGAGGUUGCAAACGCUGUUGGAGCUGCCAUUUCACGCGUAUCAGGCGUCAUCGACACUGUCGCCGAUACAUCGAACCAAACAAUCAAACAAGCCCAAGAAGUCGUCUCGAAGUUGGCGAUUGAGCAGGCAGUUGAUAACGGAGCCAAGCCUGAGACCAUUCAAAUCGCCGAGGUCACCAUGCUUCCAAUCCAGUACGUCGACGCCAAAGCUCGCAUUGUUGUUCGCGCCGUCGGGGAGUUAUCAAUCGUCGCCCAGGGACAAAGGGUGGCACAGCCAUUGGACCUAUUUGAGGAAGAAGAGCAUGAAGACCCAAGCAAAGGGAGCUCUUCUAGACUAGAGGCAGUCCCCGAUGCUUCCAUUGAUAUCCAGACAUACCGUCCGGUAAUCAAAGACAGGCAAUGGAUCAUCAGCCCCAAGGAUCUCGAUCUUAUCGCAGAGGGCUGCAAAGUACUGGGCUGCGGUGGUGGGGGCGACCCAUACCAGGAGUACCUCAAGGUCAGCGCCAUCAUACGAGAGAAACCCGGCUCGGUCAAGGUUGUAUCUCCAGAUUACCUUCCCGACGAGGCCACUGUCGGAUGGACGGGAUGCAUGGGCAGUCCCGAGGUGAGUAUGGAGCGCCUCGAAAACGACGAAUGUCGCAAAGCGCAAGAGGAGCUCAUUCGCGUCACUGGCCUGCCUGCAGCAUCUGGGUUUGUGGCAUUGGAGAUUGGUGGUGGAAACGGAGUUGUCAACCUCGGCGUUGCGGCCAGCCUUGGCGCUUUUUGCAUCGACGCUGAUUACAUGGGCCGUGCGUACCCAACAGCGUGGCAGAUUACUCCGAAUGUCUAUGGUACCGCGAAAGGCGAAGCGUUGGUGCCGAUGACUAUCGCAAGCGGAGACGGAUCUUUCGUGACUAUGACAUCGUCGCGAACGGAUAAGCUUGUGGAUAAGAUUCUGCGAGCCUCCUGUGUUGAGAUGGGCUGCCGCGCUGGAAGCGCUGGUGCGCCCAAAACCGCCAAGACUGUCCGCGAGCAAGCCGUUACCAACACCGUCUCUCUUGCAUGGUGGAUCGGCCGGGCCAUAGCUCUAGAGAGAAACAUUGCGGACCGAGCAAGUCGGGUCAUCGAAGAGGUGGGAGGCCCUGAGAGCGCAGCCAUCCUUGGAGAGGGAAAGAUCACUAGCGUGGAACGUGUCCUCAAGACGGGCCAUACGUAUGGAAUAUUGGAAGUAGAUGGGGCACUCAUAGACGGCACCAAGGCUGUUCUGAAAGUGCCCUUUAAGAACGAGAACGCCUUUGUCGAAGCAGUUCUCCCAAACGGCGAGUCGAGGAUCCUCGCGUCGGUCCCCGAUUUAAUCGCUGUCCUAGACGCAGAGACAGGGUCAGGACUUGGAACUCCAGAGUACAGGUAUGGCUUAAAGGUAAUGAUCAUUGCAAUUGCUGCCUCGCCACGCUGGACGGAUACCGCGAGAGGUAUGGCUCUCGGAGGGCCAGGGUCCAUGGGUUUUGAAGAGAUUGAAUACGUUCCGAUUGGGAAAUACAGUGAGCCUCGAAGUGUCAUCGAUGCGUUCGCGGAACAAUGACAGUAUAUACGAAUAGCUGUUGGAGGGUUUGCACUCGAUAGAACACAUGGAUCUGAAUAAAACAAUGGCUCAAUGCAUAUGUUAUUAGAUUGUGUAAUUGCUCCAGGGGCUAGCGGAAAUUAUGAGACGAUGCCCUGGCCCGCCAUUCCGUUUCGCAUAAUUCGAGCAGCAUGUAGAAAAAAAGAGUCAAUCCGAAGAGCAACCGGCCGUAAAAGUGCAAGGGAUGGAUCAUCAUCCGCCCAUUCACGUAGCCGCUGGAGUGACUCAUGGAAGCUUCCGAGAAGUUCAAAUGCAGGGUGGACUUGCUCCGGACUUGGGGCAAGGAGAAAGAGGUAGAUUAGGAAGUUCCCACAUAGAGUGAGCUGCGACCGGGCGUCUAUAGAUAUGUCAGCAGAGAACCGGGUAGGCAUUAAUGUAACAUACGGCCACCCCAGAAAGCGUGCAAGGUCACUCGUGUGAUUCUGUCCAUGAAUAGGGUGAAGCUUCGGAAUUCGGUGACUGCAGAGUCAAAGUACCGGCACAGAGAUGAAGUUGGAUCGGUCUUUGCAGACAUCCUAGCGGGGCUCAUGAGUGCGCGGAAGAGGAGAGCUUGUACGGCGAAAUAUGCGAGAUUGAGUGGUCCUAUUUCCAUGAGCCUUUGGCAGGAGAUCGUGGUCGGUUCACUUACCAUUAUUGCGAAACGCAUGUCGCUCUCCAUUAUACGCCAUUGUCACGCAAUUCGGAACCAUGGACGACCAAUUCUCCAAGUCCUGUCGGAUGUUAAGUAGCUUAGCCUCUCUCAGCUGAGGCUGAACGAUCGUUUGUUGGUAAGUAGAAUCAAGACUACUGGAGUUAGGUAGGAAGUGAAAGUCCACGGUUGGGGGAACUCACAAAUACGAGUCGAUCAGUUCGUGCAGAAUCUGACUCAGUUUCACCAUUUCCAGGAACCGGGCACUGGUAGAGAUAUCAGCGGUUCGGCUCGAGAGGUCCACCAUGUGUUGAAAGUCUGCUGGCACAUCUUCGUCAAAGGCGAGAUCGUCUAUUGACGGCGGCGCGGUGGUGAACGAGCCUGGAUACACAAGCGGAGGGUUUCCAUGGCACACAGAGGACCAAAUGUCGCUCAUGUAGGUCGCCCACCAUAGCUUUCUCCGUAGUUUCUUUUCUCCCGGUACGAGGUGCCAUGUCGAGCAGUCCCGAUGCAGUCCGGCCAUGUGCGCGCAAGAGACGGUAUGCGAAGAGAAGACCCAGGUCCGUGGUGUCUCGAUUGUCGCGUUAUCGGCGGCACGCUCGUACAGUAAAAGUAAACAUGCCUGUAUAGUCCAUAAAUCUGGAGCGUGGAACUCUCGCUGAAGAGACGAUUGAGCCUCCUCAAACAAAGUAUGCAAGUCAAAGUGCAAAGUGCCCUCCACAUCCGAGUCGUGCUGCCAAAACGUGGAGCCCAGCCCGUAGAUGGCGCCCCGAAGUGAAGCUGGAAUUUUGGUCUUGUCCUGUGAGUACGCCUUUAGAAACCGGCCUUUCGAAACGACGCAAUAGACGGGAUGAACGUGCUUGAAGAAUAGUCGGACAAGUGUCGAAGCGUGCGGCGACACCAUGGAUUCAAUCGCAUCUGAUAUCCUGCUUUUAGCGACAUCGUCGGCGGGUUGAAACUCAUCGGUCAGGAGAUUGAAGUGUAUUGGAAACGCAGUAACUUCCAGGUCGCCAGCAAAAGCCUGGAUGACGUCCGCGCUCACACCAUCUCUCUCGUUGGUGAUGAAUGAUCGAAAGGAAGCCAGCAGAUCCGUGUCUUGUUCUCCAGAAAGGCCGACAGAGUGAGCAGUCCGGUUCUCAUUAUCUUCAAGGGUGUCAACUACAGGUCCGUUGUCGCUGCGCGGAGUAGAGUUCGGUAGGUGUGCUCCAGGAGAGGUCAGGGAAGCGGCCACCGAGGCGCUACGAUAGCUUGGGGAAGUUGUUUGUGCAAUCAGAGGUAUUCCGAAGGAGUCCGAUUCGAUUCCGGGCGAUGUGAGCGGCGGUAUACUAAGGUAGCUUGCGUCGACGGUGCUGUCAGUGGUAUCCUGAUCCGAUUCAACAACGGUGUCACGGGGCCCUUGGCGCGAGGGUCGACCGGUCUCGAUGUCGGUCGACGUGCAAAC